CGGCGAAGGCUGGUUGCCCACCAUUCCUGGGGAGGAGGAACAUGGCCCAGUGCCCAGGGCUUCUGCUGGUGCUGCUCUGGGUCUUCCUGCCUCACUGCAUGGCAGGUAUUCCAAAUGAAGAUGACUCUUCACCAACUAUAGAUUCUGCAAUUCAACUUCCAGAAGUAGCAGAUGGCGAAUGUGUCUUUCCAUUCUGGUAUAAGAAUAAGAAAUUCUACGACUGCAUCAAGUUCGGCGUGAGGCACGAUUGGUGCUCGUUGAACAAGACCUUCCAGGGUUACUGGAAGUACUGCACCGCCGCAGACUUCGCCCCAUGCGUGUUUCCCUUCUGGUACAGACGUGUGAUCUACUGGGAGUGCACCGACGAUGGGGACGAUAUGGGGAAGAAAUGGUGCUCGCUGACCAAGAAUUACAACAAGGACCAGGUCUGGAAAUACUGCUGACGACUGUGAGAAUCACCAGGAAGAGGAUGAAGUUCAAUCUUUCUCGUUGGAAAUAACUUAGAGCUUUAUUGGGAUAGGAGAAAGUGGGAUCCUCUUUUAAAAAUUUGUUUUUCAUUUUUA